CUUUCCCCUGUCCUCCACUUGAAUCCGCUCGCGUUAUUUCUCAUCUUAGUUUCUCUAGUAAUUUCUCAUACCUAACCGAAACAAACCGGAAAUUCCUUUCGUCCGUUCUUUUCUUCUUUCAUUCUUCCUCCAUCGGCGCUGUUGUGUGUUCGCAGGCACCAUGACGAAUCCCAAAGGUUACCGGCGGGGAACCCGCGACCUCUUCUCGAGGAGGUUCCGGACCAAGGGAACCAUUCCCCUGUCGACGUAUAUGAAGGUUUACAAGAUUGGAGAUAUUGUUGAUAUCAAGGGUAACGGUGCGAUCCAGAAGGGUCUGCCCCACAAAUCUUACCAUGGCCGCACUGGCAGAGUUUUCAACGUCACCAAACACGCACUUGGUGUCAUUGUCAACAAGAGAGUCCGCGGAAAGAUCCUCCCUAAGAGAAUUAACAUCAGAAUAGAACACGUAACCCACUCCAAGUGCAGAGAGGAUUUCCUCCGACGUGUUAAGGAGAACGAGCGGCUGAGGAAGGAAGCUCGGGAGACUGGUAAAGUUGCUAUCAUCAAGAGGCAGCCCCAGGGACCCAGGCCCCGUCACAUUGUCAAGGGACAGGAGCUCAUCCAGCUUGCACCUAUCCCAUACGAGUUUGUGGCAUAAGAAGGAUUAAAAUUUAACUAUUAUCA